AUGGUCCCAGUCUGGGUCGCGGAGGAGUCUCUUAAGGAACAUUUAGCUUCUCUCCUCCGGAGCCGGCGCUGUGCCCGGGGCGCACCGGGAGGAGGGACCAGGAUUCUGUGCCCGGGCGCAGAUACUGACACCAAGGGAAUCCGAGUGCCCACCCCCACGCCAUGUGGGCCCCCAGGAACCCGGCUCCGCCACCCCAGCUGCCCCGUGGCCCUGGCCUCAGCCCUGGCCCGGAGGAGAUUCUGCGGACUUACAGGUCCCAAACGCAAGCUGCCUCCCUCCCCCCAUUCAGUCUGUGGGGCUGUGGCAACCUAA